GUGUGUGUGUGUAAUCAAAUGAUUUAAUUACACGGGGUAAAUUACCUAGAACUGUAGAGUGAAUACGGUGCCGUUUUAAGACCCGUCGGUUGAAUCUGGGAAGACUAAAACCCUAACCGGAAAGACGGUCGAGAUCUAAAUAUUAUCUGUAUUCACUCUCUCGUCGGUCGGGAGGAAGAAGAAGAAGGAGAUCUAGAAAAUGCCGCUGUACGACUGUAUGCUUCUGUUCAAGCCAAUAAUCAGGAAGGAAGGUCUGAUCGAUCUGGUUGCUCGCAUCGGGAAACAUGUUUACAGCAAAAAUGGAGUUCUCACGGAGGUCAAAUCCUUCGGCAAGGUCGAAUUGGGUUACGGUAUCAAAAAGCUCGACGGUAGACACUAUCAGGGGCAAUUGAUGCAGAUAACAAUGAUGGCAACUCCAAACAUUAACAAGGAGCUUCACUACCUCAACAAGGACGACAAACUCCUCCGCUGGCUCCUUGUUAAACACCGUGAUAUCAAGAUUGGUUCAUCCGAAAUGGAAGAUCGUCAGGACGACUCUAACAGAGUGACUAAUAGGAGCUUGUAUGAUGAGUCUUCUACGGACGAAGACGACGAUAUCUUAGGCUUAUCUCGAUGAGGAUAAGAAAGAAAUCGUUUUACAUUUUUCUCUUAUGGUUUGUUGACUUGGUUUUGUUUUGCUCCUCAGACAAAGAAAUAAGAUAUUCAUGUAAUGGUUUUAGGCAGAAGAAAAUAAAGGAAAAACUGAGACGGUGGUCCUUCGUGAAACAAACACUUCUAGUGUUCUUUGUGUCAUUUUUAAUUUGAAGUUA